AGACACCCUUCCGAACAGCAGGGGUUGUGUGCUUUCACAUAGCAGUACAGUACAAGGAAAACCCCGUGGAUCUGUUAUUGCGGGAUACUUGUGAAAUAUACAUAGAAUUCUUUCUCAUGGCUGCAUCCCGGAUCUGGACAUUUUACUUGGGAACCAGGAGGAUUUGAAAGGCUACAUGUAUUCAGAAGAUUUGCACGCGAGACUCCGAUUCUUGUCAUAGGGCUUACAGACUUCCUCAGUUAUUUGCCGUUUUCUUUCUUUUUUUUUUUAAUUAAAAAUUUCCCUCUUUUUUUUCUGCUCUCUUUCAGCCUCUCCAUUGAUAGCUGACUCUUCUUUUGCUCCUCGUCUUUUUGCUCCCCUUUCUGCUCUGCACCUGGAUUGUAUCUUUACCAAACAAUCGGGCACUUUGAGAACUAACUGGAGACAGUCUUGUAGGGAAGAUCUAUAUGGAAUUAUCGGCUUUGAUGGUGAACUUGGCAAUUGUGAAUGGGUACCUUGUUCACGAUAUUAAUUGCUAGGAAACAUAAGAAAAAGAACAUAGGAGUAAAACGUGGAUUUUUUUUCUCUGAAUUACGCAUUGUGAUGACCAGCAAUUACCUUACAGACUGAUAUCCAGAGGAGAAUCAUUUGGAAGACGGUUGUGGAUGCCUGGUGCAGAACAUCUUUCUGGUUGACUGCAGAGCCGACUCCUUCUCUCCUGGUGAUUGAUGUUCUAACACCAUCUUUACAGUGGCAGCCUUAGCAUUUCUAUGUAGGGAACGGCUUCGAAGACCUGGAAGAUGAAAGCUCCAAUUCCACACUUGAUUCUCUUAUAUGCCACUUUCACGCAGAGUUUGAAAGUUGUGACCAAAAGAGGCUCAGCUGAUGGCUGCACUGAUUGGUCCGUCGACAUCAAGAAAUAUCAAGUAUUGGUGGGAGAGCCAGUUCGAAUCAAAUGUGCGCUCUUUUACGGUUAUAUCAGAGCAAAUUACUCCCUUGCCCAAAGUGCUGGCCUCAGUCUGAUGUGGUACAAAAGCUCUGGUCCUGGAGAUUUUGAAGAGCCCAUAGCAUUUGAUGGAAGUCGAAUGAGCAAGGAAGAAGACUCCAUUUGGUUCCGGCCAACAUUGCUACAGGACAGUGGUCUCUAUGCCUGUGUCAUCAGAAACUCCACUUACUGUAUGAAAGUAUCCAUCUCGCUGACAGUCGGUGAAAAUGACACUGGACUCUGCUACAAUUCGAAGAUGAAAUACUUCGAAAAAGCUGAACUUAGCAAAAGCAAGGAAAUUUCAUGUCGUGACAUUGAGGAUUUUUUACUACCAACCAGAGAACCUGAAAUCCUUUGGUACAAGGAGUGUAGGACAAAAUCAUGGAGGCCAAGUAUUGUGUUCAAAAGAGAUACCCUGCUCAUAAGAGAGGUCAGAGAAGAUGACAUCGGAAAUUAUACCUGUGAGUUAAAAUACGGAGGCUUCGUUGUGAGAAGAACUACUGAAUUAACAGUGACAGCCCCUCUGACUGAUAAGCCACCCAAGCUUUUGUAUCCGCUGGAAAGUAAACUGACAAUCCAGGAGACCCAGCUGGGUGAGUAA